UCAAUAUAUGAGUGGUUGUGUUGUGUGAAUAAACUAAAAUGAGAAGAAAGUGAAAAUGGAAUUGGAAUCAGUGAAGAGAUACCUCGAGAAAGGAGAAGGAGAAACAGCUUCAAUCGUAAAUGGAUUGCCUUCAAGAUUCAUUGAACCCUUAGUUAUGAGUUCGCUUCGCGUCGAUCUCAUCGAACCUAGCCGCGUCGUCUGCUCCAUGAAGAUACCUCCCCGUCUACUCAAUUCCGGAAAUUCCUUACACGGCGGCGCCAUGGCUGCGAUGGUUGAUAUUGUGGGCUCCGCCGCCAUUCCAGCAUCUGGAUAUUCAGGUCCCAACACCGGGGUUUCCGUUGAGAUCAAUGUGUCCUAUUUGGAUGCUGCAUAUGCCGAUGAGGAGAUUGAGAUUGAGGCCAAGGCCUUGCGUGUGUUCAGGAAGAAAAAAACCGGCAAGGUUUUCGCCCAGGGACGCCAUACUAAAUAUCUUCCAACUGCCAGUAAAUUGUGAAAGGCACCAACCAUAGCCAAAUAUGCAUGCAUUAUCAAGUAAAGUGUAAACUUUUCAAUGUUUGUAUCUCAAAUAUAUGUGUAAGCCACUUCUGGUUAAGAUUUUGGAUUGUUACUCAUUUGCUGCAUGUGAAAUGUUACAUUGAAUUUAUGUAAAAGUUUAUAUUAAUGUGCAGGGGUAGCUCCUUAUUGUUAAAUGAAAUCAAAAUUGAUCUCUUCAGCACAUUUCUUAAACCUUGCCCUAAUAGAUUUAUUUAAAUAUUUGUCUUGAUAUCUUCA